CACGUAUUUCCCAUUCGGCACCUUUUCUCCACCAAGGAAAACCAGAAAGAUGCGCGAUCCCCCUCAAACCGGCAUGGCUCCAGUAACCCCCACCGCCACGCCGACCACCGAGACGGCCUCUAAAUCUCCUUUCCUGCGCCUCUCCCGCAAAACAUCCACCGCAGUCUCCUCCACCAGUACGCCCGUUGCCCAGGUGGCCGCUCCGCUUACGGUCGCCGUCGGCAGCACACUGGGCACGCUGGAGACUCUCCCGACAGCGUUGUUGGAUAGAGUGCUGCAGGCAUGUGCGCCGGAGUUGGCGAAAGUGAGGAAUGUUUCACGGGGAUGCAGAGCGGCGGUGGAUAGGUAUGUGGGGAAAAAAUGCAAGCGGUUUCAGGAAAGCGUUGAGGAGGCUGAGUGCUGGGGUCAUCGCGCGCCGACCCUGUCGGACCUUCUUUUUCUAGACCCACUAGCCCUCCGCAAUAUUCUCCAAAAGUACUAUGCGCCGCGUCUCUACGGCACUGGCACCUCGCUCAAAAUCCAAGGCACCAACGGUGCCGCGGGCAACGCCUUGCGCAUCGAGUCCUCCGAAGUCGGCGGCAUCAGCGAGCUCGGUGAUGAGGAUGACGACGACGAGUCGGAUGAGUUGACCAAUGAUCUCAACCGGGGCGGGGACACCGCGUUGGAGAGCGUCGGCGACGAUGAUGUGAAACGGGGAGUUAAUGCUACUUCAGGCGGGACAUUGGCUCGCACGGGUACGGUGGUGAAGCGGGAGGCGGCUAUGCAGAAGUUGUUGUUCACGGCCUUCCGGGCCGCGCUGGACAACUAUGAGGAAGGGUGCUGGGCUACUGUGGGGGUGCUGAGGGAGUUUGUGGUCAAAAACAGGCUGCAGUAUAGUCUGGCGGCAACCGCCGGGUCCAGUAUGGGCACUCCCAGCAGUCCUAACAACGAUGUCACGGCUUUGGGGACAAGGCUGGACAUCCCCGACGACGUCCAUUCCGAACGCGACAUGGCGGAUGGUGCCAGCGUCCGCUCGGGAUGUACGGAACGUCGUAACAAAACGGACGGCGGUCUUGGUUUAGGCGCAGACGGCCAAUCGCUCGACAAUCUGCUGAACCUUCCGACCCGCCUCUUACCCACCUUGCCCGCAUCCACCGCGAAAGACUCCAUCUGGCUCCGGCUCAACGGCGAACUUUACCGCCAAGCAUGCAUGCACGGCCACGCGUUCAAUCUGCCGCCUCUCAGUGAUUUGGGAGGCAUGGAGGAAUCAAGCAUCAAUGGCGGUGGUGUGGUGGGCACACUGACCGCAUCUGCGGAGAUUGCCGUCAGAGCAGACCAGCCAGGGAUGCUUGUGGCCUGUUUGGAUUCAUCGCGAAUCGUGGGAUGUCUGUGGGCAGUGAUCGACAGAGGCUUCCAGGCCGUGAUGGCCGCCGAUCGGGUGGGAAGGCGGGUAGGUGUGGAUUCUGUGCUGGUAUUGCUCGACGCGGCGUUCAAUGACCCUCUGGGACCGUGGGCUGGGUGCCUUGCUAGUCGGAAGUGGGGAUUCGAUGGGUGGCAGCGGGGAAGGUCAUACGGGGCGGCGCAGGAUGGGGAGGUACUGGCGGCGGAUACUGCGAGGGGAUUACUGAUCAAGGCGGAGGAGUGCACGAAGCUGUAUGGACUGCCCUGGCAUCGCCUGUCGGUGCGUGGGGAGUUUGCUGUUGUGCCGGUGGAAGAAGUAGCGAGAGAGGUUCGCAGUCGUUUAAAGAUUAUGAUGUAGUUUGUAGUCGUCAAUAUGCACCGCAUUGCCGUGACGUUGAUCUAAUACCUUUCCGUAACUUGACUUUCGAAAUAUUUUGUAACAUCUGGAAGGCU